AUGCCUCCCCCGGCGGGGCUGCCUCCCUGGCCGACGCCGUCCACCACGCGCCUGGCGACCCCGAUCCCGACGCGGCCUCCUCCUCGCACCACCCACGUCCGCCCGCCGCCUCCACCACCUUACACUCGCGUCCGCCUUCCUCCGCCUCCGCCUGCUACGACGCCACCACCGCGCCGCCUGGAGCCCGCCGCGCCAAAACCAGCGGCCGUAUCCACACCCGUGCCUCCCGCCACUGUCUCCGCAGCGUCUUCGUCGUCCACCUGCCUUGAUUGCGUCCAUUUCGGGAAGUGCUCAGGGUGCACACACGAGGUGGACCUCGACAAGCCGCCGGUGCUGCAGGAGGUGGCGAAUUUCUUCAAGGGGCACGGGGUCGGAGAUUUCACCUUCAGCAGGGGCAGGCUGUUCCAAUGGCGGUGCCGGGCAAAGUUAGCUGUUCGUGGAACACCAGAGAACCCAUUGAUUGGUUUAUACCAGGAAGGGACGCAUGUUGUUAUAGAUAUUCCAGAGUGCAGAGCUCACCACCCAAGCAUUAAUGCUGCUGUUAAGAUGCUAAGGCAAGGUAUAACUGAGCUAAGUAUUCAGCCAUUUGAUGAAGAUGCUGGAACUGGUGAACUCAGAUAUGUUCAGAUGGCCGUGACAACAUAUAACACAUCUAUUCCAGUUGAUAAAAGAUACGAGCAAGCUACCAGAUCUGCUGAGCAACCAACUCCACACUAUCUUAUAAUUUUUGGGCAUAAAUGGAGACAUCUUAAGGGGGAGAGGGACCUGUGGGAGCGUUAUGGGGGAGUUGAUAUUUCUCUGGAUCCUUGUACCUUUGGCCAGGCUAAUACUCUGUCAUUUAACUCUUUGUUGCAUAAGCUGAACAAGUAUGUACCACGUGGUUCAACAGUUGUUGAUUUGUACUCUGGGGCUGGCGUUAUUGGCCUAUCAGUUGCUGCUUCAAGGAAAUGUAGGUCUGUGAAAUGUGUUGAGAUUAACAAACAGUCAAAGAUGUCUUUCGAGACAUCAGCAAGCCGACUUCCAGCGAACCUGGGUUGCACCAUCACUUGGCACAAUACUGACGCUUCAGUUGAACCUGUUCACUGGCUUGAAGGGUCUAGUGUCGUUAUUGUGGAUCCUCCCAGGAAAGGAUUGCACCCAUCUGUUAUCAGCGCUUUACAGAAAGUUGCUUUGUCUGAGUGCAAGGCAUACAAGGCUAAAAGUUCGCUUGCAAAGGUUAAGGAUGAGAAGAGACCAUGGAUCUUACGGGCAAGGGAGGCAGCAGUUCAUGUUGAUAAUACAACAACUGAAGAGGGCAGCGAAACGUGGCCUGAAACUCUCAUAUACAUUAGCUGUGGAUGGGAAAGUUUUAAGAAGGACUGCAAAAGCUUGAUAUCCAGCAAGGUCUGGCAGUUGGAGAAUGCUCAUGCUUUUAACUUCUUCCCUGGCACAGAUAGCAUUGAAAUCCUGGCGAUCUUCAAACGGGAAUCAGAAGAUGGUCAAAAGAAAAAGAAGAAAGCAAAAAAGAAGAAGGCCAAGUAG